ACAAAUGUCACAAAACGUCAAAAAAAUGUCAAAGUCGAAUUUUCGUCUCCAGUCGUAGGGUUUUCAUGAAAAGUAGGAAAAAUCCUCAAGAUUACACAACAUUGUAUACUUAGUGGUUUUUAAUGUUUAAUUAUGAAUAAUAUGUAAGGUGCCGUUGACCGGUUGCUAGCUAAAUCGUUAGUGUUGGGACAAUGGAGAGUGGCGACAGGAUUCUUGUGGCUGCGGGGCUUACGGCCGCUGUGGUGGUCGGGGCUUUCGUUCUUUGGGGUCCCGGAGGAGCGCCCCGGGUGCGGAAGAGGCGCGGGCAGAUAGCAGGCCUGCAGAACCUGGGCAGGACCUGCUUCCUCAACACAUUGCUGCAAGCGCUUGCUGCUUGUCCCGCCUUCAUAGAUUGGCUGAAGAAAUACGCCAAAGCUGAUGGCCAUAACAGUAUGAUCACCACACUUUACACUGUUAUUGAAGUUGUGAACGGCACGCACGAAGCCGCCCGGGGUACACCAGUGUGCCCGCUGGGCGUGCUACAAGCGUUGCGGGCAGCAGGCUGGGUGGUGCCGGCCGACCAGCAGGACGCGCACGAGCUCAUGCACGUGCUGCUGUCCUGCGUCGAGGAGGAGACCCUCGCCAUGGCUAAGAAGCCGGGCUGCCUGUCCGACGCGCUAGGGCUGGGCGGCGCGCGCGCGUGGUCGGCGCUGGCGUCGCCCGCGUCGCCGCCCGCCGCGCCCGCCGCCUGGCCGCCGCGGCCCGCGCGUCCUGCCUCCGCCGCGCCCGGCGACGAGCCCGGCCUCGAGGACGCAGACGCGCUAGGGCUGGGCGGCGCGCGCGCGUGGUCGGCACUGGCGUCGCCCGCGUCGCCGCCCGCCGCGCCCGCCGCCUGGCCGCCGCGGCCCGCGCGACCCGCCUCCGCCGCGCCCGGCGACGAGCCCGGCCUCGAGGACGCAGGGCUGUGCGGCGCGCGCGCGUGGUCGGCACUGGCGUCGCCCGCGUCGCCGCCCGCCGCGCCCGCCGCCUGGCCGCCGCGGCCCGCGCGACCCGCCUCCGCCGCGCCCGGCGACGAGCCCGACCUCGAGGACGCAGGGCUGGGCGGCGCGCGCGCGUGGUCGGCACUGGCGUCGCCCGCGUCGCCGCCCGCCGCGCCCGCCGCCUGGCCGCCGCGGCCCGCGCGACCCGCCUCCGCCGCGCCCGGCGACGAGCCCGACCUCGAGGACGCAGGGCUGGGCGGCGCGCGCGCGUGGUCGGCACUGGCGUCGCCCGCGUCGCCGCCCGCCGCGCCCGCCGCCUGGCCGCCGCGGCCCGCGCGCCCCGCCUCCGCCGCGCCCGGCGACGAGCCCGGCCUCGAGGACGCAGGGCUGGGCGGCGCGCGCGCGUGGUCGGCACUGGCGUCGCCCGCGUCGCCGCCCGCCGCGCCCGCCGCCUGGCCGCCGCGGCCCGCGCGCCCCGCCUCCGCCGCGCCCGGCGACGAGCCCGACCUCGAGGACGCAGACGCGCUAGGGCUGGGCGGCGCGCGCGCGUGGUCGGCGCUGGCGUCGCCCGCGUCGCCGCCCGCCGCGCCCGCCGCCUGGCCGCCGCGGCCCGCGCGCCCCGCCUCCGCCGCGCCCGGCGACGAGCCCGGCCUCGAGGACGCAGACGCGCUAGGGCUGGGCGGCGCGCGCGCGUGGUCGGCACUGGCGUCGCCGGCGUCGCCGCCCGCCGCGCCCGCCGCCUGGCCGCCGCGGCCCGCGCGCCCCGCCUCCGCCGCGCCCGGCGACGAGCCCGACCUCGAGGACGCAGGGCUGGGCGGCGCGCGCGCGUGGUCGGCACUGGCGUCGCCCGCGUCGCCGCCCGCCGCGCCCGCCGCCUGGCCGCCGCGGCCCGCGCGCCCCGCCUCCGCCGCGCCCGGCGACGAGCCCGACCUCGAGGACGCAGGGUUGUUGCGCGCGUUCACGGCGCCCGAGCUGGUGGCGGGCGUGCGCUGCGACAAGUGCUGCGGCGCCGAAGACAGCACCAAGCACAUCCGCACCGUCAGCUUCGGGAAGCUGCCGGCGUGCCUGUGCCUGCACAUCGGGCGCGUGGAGUGGGCGCGCGGCGCGCUCAGCAAGCGCGCGGAGCACGUGGCCUUCCCCGAGGCGCUGUCGCUCGCGCCCUACGCGCACCCCACGCCGCCGCCGCAGGUGAACCUAGCAUCCCUAGUCUCAGAAGGGCGCCUGCGCAGCGGGUUAUGCGCGGCCAACACAGAGGCAGCGUCGGCGACGGGCGUGACGGCGGAGCGCGCGCUGUACCGGCUCGUGGCGGUGGUGGUGCACGUGGGCGGCCCGCGCUCCGGGCACUUCGCCACCUACCGCCGCGGGAACGGCUUCGAGGCCAAGAGAUGGUGGUACACAUCAGACACGCUGGUGCACGAGGUGUCGCUGGCGGAGGUGCUGCGCUGCGCCGCCUACAUGCUGUUCUACGAGCGAGCCGCGCCCGACGCCGCCCUACGCGCCGCCGCCACGCAGCACUUCUAGCCGCCCACCGCUUGACCCAGCCCGGGCACACGCCGAGGCCACGUGAUUCGAUCGAGGCUGAUCUGU